AGCAGGUUAGAUUCUGGGUCGUCCAACCAACCCAUUCAGGCACAAUGUUGGUGUCCCUGAUUCUAGUGAGUGUGGCUUUGGCAUCUGCUAAUCAUUCUGGUGAGGACUUUGAAGGCCAUAAGGUUUUCCGUGUCACUGUUGAAGAUGAAAAUCAUAUCAACUUAAUGCAUGAGUUGGCCAGCACCAGCCAGAUUGACUUCUGGAAACCAGACUCCAUCACACAAGUCAAACUUCACAGUACCGUUGACUUCCAUGUUAAAGCAGAAGAUGUUGGCACUGUGGAAGACUUCCUGGAGCAGAAUGAUUUAUAUUAUGAGGUAUUGAUAGGCAACCUGAGAAGUAUGAUGGCAGCUCAGUUUGAUAGCCACGGCCGUGCAACUGGACACAGUUAUACGAAGUACAACAACUGGAAAACUAUAGAGGACUGGACUCAACAAGUUGCUGCUGAGAAUCCGGAUCUCAUUUCUCGCAGUGUCAUCGGAACCACAUUUGAAGGUCGCUCAAUGCACCUCCUCAAGGUUGGCAAAGCUAAACCAAACAAGCCUGCUGUCUUCAUAGACUGUGGUUUCCAUGCGAGAGAGUGGAUUUCUCCUGCUUUUUGCCAGUGGUUUGUGAGAGAGGCUGUACGUACCUAUGGACAGGAGAUCCAAAUGACAGAGCUGCUCGAUAAAUUAGACUUUUAUAUCCUGCCUGUGUUCAAUAUUGAUGGCUACGUCUACACCUGGACCAAGGAUCGAAUGUGGAGGAAGACCCGCUCUACCCAGGCUGGAACUUCCUGUUUUGGCGCAGACCCUAACAGAAACUUUGAUGCUGGUUGGUGCGAAAACGGAGCUUCUACCAGCCCCUGUUCUGACACUUACUGCGGAUCCACCGCAGAGUCUGAAAAAGAGACCAAAGCUCUGGUUAACUUCAUCCGAAAAAAUCUCUCUUCCAUCAAGGCAUAUUUCACAAUCCACUCAUACUCCCAGAUGCUGCUCUACCCUUACUCCUAUUCCUACAAACUGCCCCAGAACAAUGCAGAGUUGAAUGCCCUGGCUAAAGCCGCUGUGAAAGAACUUGCCUCCCUGCAUGGCACCAAGUACACAUACGGCCCAGGAGCCACAACAAUCUAUCUUGCUGCUGGGGGCUCUGACGACUGGGCUUAUGACCAAGGAAUCAAAUAUUCCUUCACCUUCGAACUCCGGGAUACAGGCAAAUAUGGCUUUCUGCUUCCUGAAUCCCAAAUCCGUGCAACUUGUGAGGAGACCCUACUCGCAGUCAAACACAUUGCCAGCUACAUCCUGGGACAUCUGUACUAGUCGAUA